UCUUUAAUCUUCUAUAAAACAUCAACAGAAACAGUUGGUGAUCUUGGUUGGUCAAUAUAAGCACACCCAUUCACCCAUGCAGGGUGAUAAAAGACACAUUCUUUCUAAGGGAGUAUAUAUAUAACAGUCUCAUAAGAUCUCAAAGCAUCUUUUGAGGUCCAAAGGAGGAGGUCCAACCAUGUCAAUCCUCACUCAUGUUUUGGCCUGCCUGUUUGGCAUGGGAUCCUGGGUCACCAUCUGUGGGCUUUGGGUGGAGUUGCCUCUAAUGGUUUCACAUACUCCUGAGGGUUGGUAUCUUCCAUCCUACCUCUCCGUUAUCAUCCAAAUUGCCAACAUCGGUCCUCUGUUUGUCACAUUAAUGCACCGUUUUCGCCCAGGAACUCUUAAAGAGACAAUAGUUAUCUAUUUCAUUGUUAGUUUCGGGAUACUGGCCAGCUUCUUCCUGGCUUUCUUCUGGAGCGAGAGGGUUCUGGUGCAAGGUGUGGAGCGUAGCGUUCCCCUCUUGCUUCUUACGUUCUUCAUCUCCAUCGUGGACUGCACUUCAUCUGUGACUUUCCUGCCCUUCAUGAUGCAGCUCAAGGCACAGUAUCUGACCACGUAUUAUAUAGGAGAAGGUCUGAGCGGUCUCAUCCCAGCUCUGGUAGCAAUGGUUCAGGGUGUAGGCAUCAUGGAGUGUGUUAAUGCAUCACAGAUCAUCAGAUCCAAUGAAACGCAGCUUCGGUAUCUUAAUGCAUCUGAAAGAGAUACUGAAAUAAACUACCUUGUGCCUCACUACCAUCCAGCUAACUUUUCAGUAGAAGCGUACUUUUUCUUCCUGACGGCCAUGAUGGUGGUUUGCUUGGUGGCUUUCUUACUUUUAAACUACCAUCCAGCUGUAACUCAAGAACGCUCUGAUACUAAACCAACAAAUACGAAGAAAGACUCCAACUUAAAAAACAGAAGAAACGAACAGAAGCCGAUGAUUGGUUCUCAAACAGGUCUUGAGGAGCCCAAGAGCAAGUUUGGAACAGGGAGAUACACCUGGUUACAGGUGGUGUACAUCUAUGUUACCCUCAUCUGGGUGAACGCUCUAACCAAUACUCUUUUGCCAUCCGUUCAGUCUUACUCAUGUUUGCCAUACGGAAACCAGGCUUUUCAUUGGUCGGCCACAAUGGCCAAUGUUGCCAAUCCUUUGGCUUGCUUUAUCACCAUGUUUUAUCUCCGAAGGUCUUUGGUGGUAAUGGGACUUCUCACUUUUGCUGGCUCUCUUAUUGGGGUUUAUAUUAUGUGUAUGGCUGUGUUGAGUCCAUGUCCACUUUUAGUCAGUGAGACUUCUGGAGCUGUGCUUAUGGUGUUGGCGUGGUUCUUUUUGAUUUUCAUCCUCUCAUUUGUGAAGGUGAUGAUUGCUGUUAUUCUUCGUGAUGAAGGUCACAUGGCUCUUGUAUGGUGCGGAGCAAUGGUGCAGAUUGGGUCAAUGCUGGGGGCAGUAACUAUGUUCCCCCUAGUCAACAUUUAUGAGUUUUUCACUUCAGGGGAUCCAUGUAACAAAAACUGCAUAUAAUAUUUUGAUCCUGGAAAAAGAGAAACCCUAUUAAUAUUACUCUUAAGGCUAAUAAUGUAAUUAUACUUAUGAAAUAAUGAAAAA